UGUUGCCCCUGGUGGAUGUUUCCACCCUCCUCCCCUGUGGCUCUGGUGGAGGACUGUGCAGCUGCCUGUAUUUAGUAAUCAGUGGCUAUUUAGGUUUCAGCCUGUGGGGGUGAUCCACCAUGCUUCCUAAGCCUAACUUCUGUGCCAACACUGAGAUGCAGCAGAGCUUCGCUCAGAGGAUGGAUGGUGCCUUCAUCUCCAUGCUGCGCUGCUAUGAGGAGCACCGAGCCGAACACAGCCGCAUGCUGAGCAGCUGCUCACAGGCCAUCGAUGGUUUGAUUACUAUGAAUGAGGAGGCAGUGAAAGGAGCCAUGACCACCAUGGAGUCGUUUGUGGGCGGAGUCAGAUCGCUGGUCAGUGAGGGCGUGGGUCGCUUUCAGGAGGAGCUGCAGCAGCAUGAGGCGCUGUGUCUGCAGGACAAGGAGAGUCUGCUGCAGCUGCUGGAGGAAUAUCGGCAGGACAUGGAGGACGUCCUGAUAACCAGAACUCUGAUGGAUCUGACAGUCGUCAAAGAGCUCUGUGACUCUCUGAAAUCCUCGGUGGAGACUCAGCGAGCUUUGGCCUCUCAGGUGGAGGCCAUGAAGGAGGUGGGCGGGUUCCUCGGCGGUCUGGUCCAGGAGCUGGUGGGUCUGCGGCAGACGGCCGUGCUGGGUCUGGAUGCAGUGCAGGCCGGGCACGACAAGCUGGAGAAGGAGAUCCAACAAGUGCAGGAGCGACAACAGGCGAGCAUGAAGGACACCAUCCAGUGUCUGCAGAACCAGCUCACCCUGCUGUCCAUGCAGGUCCUGACCAAGCUGCACUCGGCCUCCAGAGCUCUGCAGACUCCAGUGCUGCUGCUCCAGGAGAGCAUCAGCAGCGGCUGCAGCUCCGUGGAGGAUCAGCUUUCAGGACGGGCCCAAGUCCUCCACUCCUCCUCCUCCAUCGCCUCUUCUCUGCGUCUGACUGCAGACGAGAACCUGCAGCUUCUGACGGAGAUGGACGGCUACAGCUCCGUGUCAGGUCUGGUGGAGCGGGACCUCCAGUGGAGCCUCAGAGCCAGGCAGCACGCCGACCGCCAGAACCAGGAGCUCCUGGCCGUGACGGGGGCCAUCUCCACUGAAGCUCAGGCAGUCCAGCAGAGUGUGCAGACGUUGGGCAGCGAGCAGGUCAGGACGGCUGAGGAGCAACUGUCUGAGCAGCAGCAGGACAUGAAGCAGGCCCUCAAAGCCGUGCAGAAGCAGAGCUCUGACUGGACCGAGGACGAGCUGCAGCAGGACGUUCCCACCGGACUCCAUGGAAGACGAGAUGAGCACUUGCAACCAAAGUUUGGCCAUGGACCCGGACUUUGACAAGAACCUCGUCUUCAAUGAGAGUGAUCAUGUCCUAUUUAAGCAGGAGAAAGGAGAUGGAGGUCUUGAACGAUUCCACCUCAGAGAUCCAACCUGCUGCCACGUCAGAACUGAAGCUUUUGUCAUUCCUUUUUGGUUUAUUCAGUGUCGCCUUAAAUUUUAUUGGUCUUUAAAUAAAGUCAUGUGUCCUUUUGUCUUGUA